AUGGGAGGCUUUUUUGCUGUGCCAUCAUUUAGUAAAAGUUAUAAUGUAGCACAACAGCAAAACGGACAAACGAUAGUAACAAAUGAUCCACAACACGUAAGAAAGGAACGCGAAACUUACAAAGUUUAUUGCAAUGCUUCGUCAGAUGUUGAAUCAUCAACAUGGGUUGCGAUAAAAAACCGACGAAAAAAGUCUAAACCAGGAACCAAUCGUAUAAAGACAACACGUUAUAAUGUUAUAACAUUUUUACCGAAAAAUCUUUUCGAACAAUUUCAUCGUGUAGCUAAUGUUUAUUUUGCAAUUUUAAUUGGUCUCAAUUGGAUACCCAUAAUUAAUGCCAUUUCCAAAAUGGUCGCUUUUAUACCAUUAACAGUUAUUUUAACAAUUACAGCUGUCAAAGAUCUUGUUGAAGAUUUAAAACGAUGGCGAAGUGAUUCAUAUAUAAAUAAACAAAUAGCUGAAGUCUAUGACAAAGCAUCAAAAAGUUUUAUUGAAUGUAAAUGGGAAGAUCUUAAUGUUGGACAUGUUGUUCGAGUACGGACUGAUCAAGUAGUACCAGCUGAUAUUCUACUACUCGCUUCAUCGUCUUGUGAAAGUACAUGUUAUCUAGAUACAGCUGCUAUUGAUGGUGAAACGAAUCUUAAACAAAAAAGUAUACCAUCUUGCUUUCUAAAUUAUACAAAAUCCGAAGAAGCAAGUUUUGAAUUACAAUGUGAUCCACCCAAUGAUGAUAUUUACCAUUUUUGUGGUCGAAUAAUUCUAUCUAGCGGAUCCCAUGUUUAUCCGUGUGAUAAUAAUAAUAUUCUUUUACGUGGAUGUGUAUUAAGAAUCACAGAAUAUGUUGAUGGACUCAUUGUCUAUGCUGGUAAUGAAACAAAAGUUAUUAAAUCUUCUCGUCAUACGAUCAGUAAACAUGCGCUUAUUGAACGAUAUAUUAAUCGUGAUGUAUUCUUCUCGAGUAUAAUCUUAACCGCUUUAUGUUUAAUUUGUGCUGGUUUAGCAAUUAAUUGGGAUCUUUCAUAUGGUUCUCAGUGGAUGUUUGUACCAUUUCUAGAAUACAAUCCCUUUGAUGGUGUUGCUGGUCGGUUUUUUAUAAACGCUCUAACUUUCGUAAUAUUAUUUCAAGUGAUGGUGCCCAUCGCAUUAUAUGUAUCGUUAGAUGUUGUUCGUGUUCUACAAAUGUAUACAAUAGGACGAGAUAAACAUUUGAAAUAUGAACAUCCAAUAAGUUGCCGAACAUUUACAAUCAAUGAAGAUCUUGGCCAAAUAGGUUAUAUAUUUUCUGAUAAAACUGGUACAUUAACACAGAAUAAACUGGUAUUCAAAGCAAUGUCAAUUGGUGGUUUACAAUACUCUGUUCGUUCUGAAUUACCAACUGAAAACUCGACGAUUGUUCAACAUUUUCUAACUGUACUCGCUAUAUGCAACACAUCAUUUAUGGUUCAUGAUCAUCAAGAACUGAUGCAUCGAAUUGAUUAUCAACCGAAAUACGAAGGCGACAAUGCUGAUGAUCUUGUACUUUGCCAAACAGCAUCUGAUUUUGGUGUCAGAAUGAUUUCGCGUUCUGCACAAAAUAUUCUUGUGCGCCAUAUUAAUUCGACAAAUACAGAAAAAGAAGAUGUCGAAUAUGAAAUCUUAUGUUUACUACCGUUUGAUUCUACUCGAAAGCGAAUGUCGAUUAUUGUUCGUCGAAACGAUCAAAUAUUUUUAUUUAUCAAAGGCGCUGAAACAUCCAUAUGGCCACAUUUAAGUAGUUUGAAUGACGUCCAUAUGAAAGCUACUAUUGAACAAAAUAGUUUGAGUUUUGCUGAGCAAGGCUAUCGAUCUCUUCUAGUUGCUUAUCGACAAUUGACAUUAACAGAAUUCGAGAGUUGGUUUCAGCAAUACGAACAAGCAGCUAAUUCGCUUGCAAAUCGUGAUGAUGCUAUUUCAGAUGCUGCAACUGCAAUCGAAGUCGAACUGAUGCUAGCUGGUCUAACGGCUGUAGAAGAUAAACUACAAGACGGUGUACCGAAAGCUAUUGCAACAUUACGAUGUGCUGGUAUUAAAAUAUGGCUUCUAACUGGUGACAAGCAAGCAACAGCGCUGAGUACAGCACAAGCUGCAUCGUUAGUUAAUAUUCCACAAACGUUAACAUCAGGAAACAGUUCUCUCUCUAAAAAUAAUUCUCCAGCGACAAACUCUUGGGAUUUUGGUGCAUCCGCACAAGCUCAAUUAAAUCAAUAUACUCACAUGAUUUAUUAUAGUUCACAACUCAUUGAAAUGGAUCAACUAUUGCGUACUCGUGGCGGAACUAUGUCCGAUGAAUUACGUACUGGCGAAACGAUCUCUCGUAUGAGCGAAGUAAUAGCUGCACAAAACCUACCUGUUUCAUUGGUUGUUACUGGUGAAGAUUUAGGUGUUAUCCUUCGAUAUAAACCAAAAGAAUUCAUGAAAGCUGCAUGCCAAUGUCAAUCGGUGUUAUUUUGUCGAGUAUCAGCAAAACAAAAACGUGAACUUGUAUCUGUAGCAAAGUCAGUGUUUAAAUAUCGUAUAUUAGCUAUUGGCGAUGGUGCAAAUGAUGUUGGUAUGAUUCGCGAAUCGAAUUGUGGUGUCGCUGUUUAUGGUCGUGAAGGAUCGCAAGCAGUAGCAGCUGGCGAUUNCAAAAGAAUUCAUGAAAGCUGCAUGCCAAUGUCAAUCGGUGUUAUUUUGUCGACUAUUGGCGAUGGUGCAAAUGAUGUUGGUAUGAUUCGCGAAUCGAAUUGCGGUGUCGCUGUUUAUGGUCGUGAAGGAUCGCAAGCAGUAGCAGCUGGCGAUUUCGCUGUUGAUCGUUUUGAAUGUCUUACUCGUCUUUUACUUGUUCACGGGGCUUGGUGUUUUACUCGAACAUGUGAAUUAAUUCUUUAUACGUUUAUGCACAAUUGUGCCUAUGUAUUCGUUAUUUUCUAUCAUCAAUUAUUCAAUGGAUUUUCUGGCGCUGUCUCCCUUCACUCGUUGUAUCUUACUCUCUAUUCAAGUUUAUUUACCGUACUACCGCAGUGUGCUGCUGCUCUCUUCGAUCAACAUGUUCCAGCUGAACGAGCAUUGCGUGAACCUCAACUAUAUAAAUAUACUCUUCAUUCCAAAUGCUAUCGAAUACAGUCUUAUUGGAUAAAUAUUUUGGAUGCUGUUUGGCAAAGUACAGUGAUUUUUUUUAUGGCUUAUUUUUCCUAUCAAACACAAUCCAAUAUGGAUGUAUCGUCAUUCGGUUUUUCACUUAUAUUCAGUAUGGUAAUAACAUCUUUAAUACAUGUUAUUAUACAAACUUCUCGAAUUGAUUGGUCAGUGAUCGCUGCAACUGCAUUUAGUAUUCUUGUUUUCCUUGGCUUUACAUUAAUAUUCGAUAGUAUCUGUGUUGAUUGUCUUGCAGGCGAAAGUCCCUAUCAAGUAUCAUAUCACUCGUUUCAACAAGGCCGAUUUUGGUUUACAAAUCUAUUGACAAUUGUCACAGCUAUGAUGCCUCGGUAUACAGUCAAAUGUAUUUAUAAUAAAGUACGAAAUCCAUUUAUGUAA